CUAAUCAAAAUAUCUUUUGGCUCGCAGAUGAACGCAAAAGGUCAACGUCCACCAAACCCAUGGAGCCGAAAUGGCGGUCAUUGCACACGUCGCAAACGUCUACAGCUUUACGUUACCGGCGCACAGGGCAGCAACCUCCAAGAACACGCACGGAGCAUAUGAUUAGGAAGAAGGUACUUUAACCACCAGCUCGAAAAGCGUUUUAAUGCUACUAGUAGCCUAUGCAGUUGGUCUGAUCUGGAGAAGAAGACACUGAAACAAACAAACAAACAAAAAAAUCCAAAAGUGGUACUUUGUCGAUCGAAUACACUGUGUUUGGAAAGUGGGCAUGAAAUUGCAAAGAUAGCUAACCUGACCUGACCUAGCCUAGCCUGCUAGCCAUCCUGCCGAGACGUUUUGCUGAACUAUAUUUAACAGCAGCCACAUAUUGCACACUUGUAUGCUGAUCGCGUUGGCCUUGCUCUCUCGUAAGCAUGCCGUUUAAACUGACGACGCAGGCGUAUUGCAAGAUGUUACUGCACGCCGCGAAGUAUCCCCACUGCGCCGUCAAUGGGCUGCUUGUGGCCGAGCGGCAGAAGGAUAAGAGGAGAGACGGCCCCGCCGCUCCGCCGCUCUGCGUGGACUGUGUGCCCCUGUUCCACGGUACUCUGGCGCUGGCCCCGAUGCUGGAGGUGGCGCUCACACUGAUUGAUACAUGGUGUAAAGAAAACAAGUAUGUUAUAGCUGGGUACUAUCAAGCCAAUGAGCGUACGAAGGAAUCAAGACCAAAUCAGGUUGCUGAAAAGGUAGCUGCUAGGAUUUUGGAAAACUUUAGUGAAGCAGCAAUGAUAAUAUUGGACAACAGCAGGUUUACGAUGGGAUGCUUCACACCCACCAUUUCCAUCUAUGACCACCUUGAUAAUAAGUGGAAGUGCAGAGACCCAAGCAUGGACUUAUUUGAGGACUGGCUGGAAGCUCAGAAGAUCGCGUCGGCUCUGCUGGAGAGCAGAUCCUAUGAAAACCUCAUAGACUUUGACAACCACCUGGACGACCUCAGGAACGACUGGACAAAUCCAGAAAUCAACAAAUCUGUCUUGCAUUUAUGCUGAACUCAUCCAAGGGGUCUCUACCUGACCAAGCCAUCGAUGCCAAAAUGGGUUACUUAUUGCUACUGUGUUCAGUCCCAUAGAAAAGAUUACACUCAGUGGUGGGGGGAAAAAAACGCGAAGGUUAAAUUACUUCUAAAGGGUGAGCAGGACGUUGGUACAACACAAGUUAAUACAGACUUGAGAUGGUGGACCGUUAUGGUGUGAACUUCUCAUUUUUUAACCUGUGGUCAGGCACCAAUUUGUAUGCAUCCAUUUGAUAAAGAACCUUAUUAUGUUUCAGUUUUAUUGGAAGGAACUUAUCAACAAACUGUUGAUAUGUCUUAAUAAUUAUUGUUGUUAUGAUUUCAACACGCAUUUCACCCUACUGUUAAUUUCAUUAUUGGUUUCGGAACAUUCAGGUUCAACACAGAUUUCACAAGCUUUGGUUUUUGUCUAAUGAGGACAUUACCUUGCAAAAUAGACUGGGAAUGUUAGUUUCUGUUCAGAGUGAAAUCUUAAAAUCAAUAUUCCAGUGGAAUUUUACACUGAGAAAAGAAUGGAAAUGGCAUUGUAGUACAUGUUCCCUGUUUAUUGACAUGACUGGCGUUUAAUGGUAUGAUUUAAACAGUUCAACUGGUUUGUUAUUAGAUGGUUAUUUAUCGUGUGAAGACUUUCUUGCUGAAUUUAUAAGGGUAUUUGCUUGGAGGACACAUUUUAGGAUCCAUUCACAAUACAGCUGAAAAUAGUAAAGGAUGAUAUUGGUGGUUUUAACUUAAUUGCUUCUACUGUUUGUUUUCUCUGAGUUAUUGUAGCCAUACAGAGAUAAUAAAUAAUGCUUCACAGGUAAUGAAAAUAAAAGGUGUUUCUUAUUUCACACACUUUUUAUAUAUAUGUACACUUCUUUAUUAAAAAUUUAGGUCUUAAUAUAUUAACCCAUUUUUAAUGCUCAACCAAAUGUUUUAGUUGAUUAAAGUACAGUUACUGUGUCAAAAAAAAAAUGCGUUCUUUUAAUUUUGUAUAGUUAGGUUAUGACUGCUAAGAACAUUGAAAUUUGCUUGUAAUGAUCUCUUGACAUGGCGAUUGAUAAAAAUACAUUUUGUAAAACUAAUAAUAAAAUGUUUUGAAACAUU